ACUGGAAAUGAAUCAAUGGCUGAUGUUCAACAAAAGUAGCCAAUGGAAUAAGAGUAAUCUAUUAUAAUCAAGUAUUUAAAAUUUGUACCAAAUUUAAGAGAGCCAUCCUUAUCAGUCAAGAUCUACAUUGCAGAUUUGGUCACGCCUUUUCAAAUACUUCCGGCUGUUCCAUAGCUUGGUGGGUGAAGCCUUCAGAGGUCCCAGCUGAAGCUGAAAGAAGGGGAAGAAGCGAUGGGCAACUCCCAGGGAGAGGAGCAGCUGGCUCAGUCAGGUAUGGUGCAGCCAUUGGAAGCUGGAAACGAGGCCCAAGGAACCGUCUUCAAGUCGCGACUCUGGGAUGUAAACCAGAAAUCCCUCUACCUUCAGAACAAUGAACUAAUAGCCGGAUACUUGCAAGCCCCCAACUCUGCACUGGAAGAAAAGAUUUUCUGGGUCCGCAACUGGGCCUUUGGCCAAGAGAACUUCCCCAUCAUCCUGAGCAUUCGGGGUGGGAAAAGCUGCCUGGCCUGCUCUCCUGGGUCCCCGCCUGAGCUCCAGUUGGAGAGUGUCAACAUCUCCGAUCUGUGCAAAGAUAAAGAGGGCUCCACCCGCUUCACCUUCUUCAUGUCUAACAAAGAUGGAAUACGGCGUUUUGAGUCAGCCGCCCACCCGGGCUGGUUCCUCUGCACUUCUUCCAAAGCCAACGAACCCAUUGGGCUGAUAAAUAACCCAGGACCUUCUCAUCUGGUGGACUUCUAUUUUCAGCCUGAAUCUUAGCCAGCCUCUCCACCUCCCUUUAAAGGACAAAGCCCACUCCUGAAGGGCAGGCUCUCCCAGCUACUCCCUUCUCUUGAAGUCUAAGCAUUUCUGCAGUGGGCACUUUUCAGGAGAACAAAGCAGCAGGAAAAAGACGCCACAUUUCUAGAGUUAGCGGAUAUUCACAACUCACUUUCUGGAUUCAGAAACCGCAGGUUUUGCAGCUAGCAGCCACUAAAUUAUCUCCAGACCUCUAAAGCUACGAGUGCAAUAUAUGCCGGCCAAUUUAUGAGCACUGGUUUCCCAGAAAGGAAUUAAAUACAUUUAAAGUCGUUGUAUUGACUGCAUUUCUUUCUAAUGAUUUCAAAAUAUGCAUUAAAUUAAAAAAAAACCUCAUUUUGUCCUAGCGCCCGAUAGUCUUGGAGUGUGAAUCCCCAGCUUGUCUGCUGCAGCCUGUGACACAUUCUCAUCCUAUCAAAUUGGGCGGGGAGGAGGAGAAAGGGAGGGUCAAGGCUGUGACAGCAGAGGGGGGGCAGCAAAGGAAGCUUUUUCUAACGCCUCACCUUGUCUUAAGAGCCAGGUGAGAAGAGCCAGGUGUACCUCCAUCUCUGCCGAUACUCUUAAAAUGCCAGCUCUGUCAUAAACCAUGAUUGGAACUGGGAUGAGAGACCUGGCAUGCAUCACCAAAACCUGGGCAGGUGAGCAGUGAUGAGUGAGCAACUUGCAUCUGUGCUUCAGAUGCGGCACCAGCACAGACCGAAGGUAGAGAUGGAGGCUGCAGGUGACCAAGAGAACCGUACUAUUUGUGAGGGUGUGUUUAGCAGACCCUGCAACUGCUGCACACCUUCACUCCUAUCUGACCUGCUCAACCUGAAGUCUUUGAUUGUGGUGGGCUUCAGCUUCUGUUUUCUGAGGAGGGAAGAGACAGGAUUACUCCCGAGUGGCCUCUCUAGUCAGCAAUUUCCUGGAAUUCCUUGGCUUAUUGAUCAUGCUACCCCAGAAAGUAGCGGCCCAGACUGAUUUAUUAACUGAUUUCAAGUUAUAGUUUUCUAACAAUACUGUAGUUUUCACUAGCAGAAGGUUGCAGGAGGCCGUGGCAGCUGAAGAGAGAGCUCAGGAGCCCAUUUUUGUUGGCAGAGCACUCGGGCCUCCACAGGCACCCGAUAUGAGUGACGUCGAGCUGGCCAUGCCCACCCCAGCCAUACCCACCCCCCGACAUCAAAAACAACGCUGAUGUGGCCCUCAAUGAAAUCGAGUGACAUCCCUAAUGUAGAUGGGUAAAACGGGGGGAGUGAAAGGAUUGGAGGUGUUCAUAGUGGCACCCAAUCCUAAUUAAGCCAUUGCACCUCUCUCACACUUUCCCUCCCGUCUUCCAGUCUCUUGACAGUCGCUAAGAAGAUUCAGAAAAUGGCGAUUUUCUAGGUAAACCCACAGCUGUGUGCCAGUGGCACAUAGGUGUAAACUAGAGCAGCGGUCUUCAACCUUAGGCCCUUUAAGACUUGUGGACUUCA